GAGAGGGGGGGGUCGGGUGAGACAGGAUAAGAGCGAGAGAGGCAAGAGAAGAGCGUAAGAGAGGGAGAGAGAGAGAGCUUAGAGGGCAAAGACAGGGGGCUAGAAAGGUGUGUGUGUGUGUGUGUGUGUGUGUUGGCGUGGAGGUAACUGAUUAAAGUGCUGAGUCCUCAACUAGCCGCCACUCCUGCUGCAGCUGAGAACCACUUUACUCACUUACGUCAUGUGAGACGCCCAGGAACGCCUGACUGACAGACAGAGGUGACACACGCACACACACAUACACACACACACAUGCACGUACACAUAUACACACACACACAAUUGAGGACAGACAACAGCAGGACAAGCAGUGCAGUAACAGCUGACAACACACACACACACACUCAUUCACACACACGCGCACGUCACAUGCAGACAAUCAGUGGUCCGGCUAGCAGAGCGAAGGAGAGUGAGCCAGAGAAAGAGAGGGAUAGAGAGAGGGAGGGGGUGGAGGAGGCGGAGGAGGAGAAGUGCGUGUGUCGGCGCGGCAGCAUGGAGCCUCUGGAGGAGUACACGUCUCCCUUUAACUUCGAGCAGGGCGUCAACGCGCGGUACCUCUACCUGUACCCCGACAUCGCCUCCGACACCCCGCCCGACUCACCUGGCCCUCCAGGCAGAGGUGCUCAGCAGAGGCCAGACUCCAUUCCUGAGGUGGGGGAGGAUGCGGUGACCACAGUUGGGCCCCCCUCGCCGCCCCCUGGCCUGACAGAGGAAGAGCGCCUGGAGCUAACCUCGGAACUCGAAAAGGUUGAGGAGGAGAUCCUGACGCUGUCCCAGGUGCUGGCCUCUAAGGAGCGCCAGGUGGCGGAGCUGAAGCGUAAGCUGGGCAUCACCCCCCUCAACGAACUCAAACAGAACAUCAGCAAGGGCUGGCAAGAAGUCACCACAUCUACUGCAUAUCGGCGUACAUCAGAGACUCUGUCCCAGGCAGGCCUGAAAGCCACCGCAGCCUUCACCACCGUGGGCUCAGCCAUCAGCAGAAAACUAGAGGACGUCAGGAACACACCGACUUUUAAGUCCUUCGAAGAGAGAGUGGAGACUCUGAAGACCAAGAUAAGCCCCACCCCUUCCACCGGCAACAUCGAAGAGGUCAUGAACUCCACGGCCAACGCCGAGCCCAUAGAGACCCAACCAGAAGCCUCGCCGCCACCAUCAGUAGAGAUCCCCCAAUGAGAACCCAGCACACCCCACAAGCCCCGGCGCCUCAACCAAUGGCCUGCCUUCAACCCAGCGUCUCAACCCAAUGCCCUGCCUUCAAGCCAGCGUCUCAACCAGCCGCCUGUUUGUUUUCAAGCCAUUAUCUCAACCAACCGCCUGCCGCCCUUCUACAGUUGUACACCCCACCUCAUUCAUCGCGCUACCAGCAGCUUUGCUACCAGCAUCAGCUGGGAUCCUCCAAUGAGAGCCCCUCCCUCCCACAUACCCUAGCGUAUCAACCAAUCGCCUGCCUUUGACCCAGCCUCUCAAACGAUUGCCUUUCUUUCUCCUCGUUACCUGCCCGACCCCUGCAAAUGCUCCAGUCAAUCUCGAGCCAAUCAGAAUCCGGCAGCACCCCACCAGAUGCCCACACCUGAAUAUCUCAGCCAAAUGCCUUGUGUACCUUCAUUUAAACCACCCCCACCUCCACCAUGGCCACCAAGCACUCACAACCACUGGUUAAACCACCCCACUGAGUGCCGCACAUAACUCCACCCCACCAGCUAACCCCAAAUAUGCCAUGCCUGAGCCAAAAACAACCACCAACCCCAGACACUUGCCAUAUCCAGAUCCCAAACACCGCAACCAAUGCUGUACAACCACAAAUGUGAAUCUCUUCACCAUGUCCAAACAUGCAACACCACCAUAUGUGAACACACACUCAAUACACAGCCACCAAGUCAGUCUGUAAGAAGUUUCUCAGUUUGGUUUCUUUAUCCAACAUGUGUUGGGUGGUUGGACGUUUGGACUGUGUAGGAUGCCCACAUGCUACAUGAUCUCACCUCGUUCCGUUACUAACUCUUUGCCAUGUAUGUGUGUAUUUUGUGUGUGUGUGUGUGCAUGAUAAAUGCACCGUGUAUAUAAACUCCAGGGUAGUCACACACUGGAUUUCUGCCUUCCGUUCUCUCCCCCCCGAUACCUGUUUUACAGUGUCCUGGGGUUACCCAUCUCACCCUUGAUACAACGCACCUGUCUGUCUCCCUGCUGCCACUCAUUACAUUAUACUUUGCUGCCGCUUUUAUCCAAAGCAACUUACCACUAUUUUACAGGGUAUUGGUUACAGUCCUUGGAGCAAUGUAGGGCUAGGUGCCUUGCUCAAGGGCACUUCAGCCAUGGACUGAGGUAUAGGGGGAGAUUGGUUGUAGGGAGAGGUAAUGGUGGGAUUCGAACCUACAACCCUCUGAUCUUAAGACCAUCUCCCUAACCAUUAGGCUGUGGCUGCCCCAAUUAGGCCACGGCUUCCCACUCACCUGAAUAACAUCAUCACACCUGCUUCACGUAGCUCAACCUGAAUAGCACAAUUGCCUUACAGCUACAGCUAGCCAAUGUAAUGUACCGAUCUGAUCUAAGCACCACACCUGUACACAGUGUACCUUGUAGACAAAAAAAACAUUUUCUGUCUCUCUCUCAUCGUUAGGUAAAGCACAUCUAUGUCACCUGCUGUCAUGCACAACAUGGAUUCAGAAGCUAUGAUUCAGUGCCACUGAUUCUAGAUAUCCUUUACCCUAAUUUUGAAUAACCUGGUUGAAUUGGACAGGUAAUCGUAUCAUUUGGAAUAUGUGGCACUGGAUUGUAGCAUCUGAAUCCAGGUUUUCCAUCACCGCCUGUACAGAAUAGCACAACUGUCUUGCAUUGUAAACCUGUCUUACUUGUAUAGGAUAUCUGUACGACAUAUUCAGAACUUAGCACACUUGUUUGACCUGUACAGAAUAGUCAACCUUAGCACAACAUCUUACUUGUUAAGCACAAUUAUGUCACCUUUAAGCUGGGCUCAAACUACAAGGCUAUCGGCCUGAUUCUCAGCAGAAACCCCCUCUUAUGACAGUUGGUCAAUCGCUACUCCCCUGUAUCAUCGCAAACGAUUGUCGCCCACAUUUCCUUUUAUCUCAUGUGAGGCUGUAAGAUAGAAUUCUACUGGUUGAAAGAGUUGCUGAUUGCAAAUUGCGACUCAAAGCAGAAUGUUGAGCAGUAUGUGAGUGUUUACAGUUGAAGACAAGCUUGCUGUUUCCUAUUCAAUUUUUUUGGGGUGGUACAACCCACCGUCAAAACAUGGAUAUGAUUUUACAGUUGUGUAUUUGGACCCCAGUUAUAGUGUUCUAUGUAGGAUUCUACGUUGUCACCCUUACAGCCUACCUGUAGUAGUCACUAGCAUGUUUCAGCUGAAUUUGUCUUACUUUUUCACUUCCUGCUCCAUGCUUCAGGCAAAUGCCCCAACUGUUUCACCGGGCUAACUAGCAUUAGCCGAUGAAGUUCGAGCACUUAAACUCUAUAAUUGUCUUACCUGUUCUUAUGAUUGAGGAGCUCAAAAAGGUGAAGCUCAGUGUGUUUUUUUCCUCUCCAGAAAUUGAUGUUGUAUGAGGUGGACAGAACGUGUCCCACCUCAUCCUCCGUUAUUAUUAGAUUUUUUUGCACAAGGUCUUCUGAUUCCUACGAUGACGAAAAGGAGAACACUGUUUACUUACAUCACUUUCACCCUUUGACUAAUUUCUGUGUUUUUUUGGGUUUUUUUGCACUAAAAGUGUGGUACAUUGUACAUGUUCUUUGUCAUAGUGACAUUCGGCUAUGGAGACAUAACUGAUGAAGGAGGAAUGAUUGUGAAUUUGUGUAUGAUUGUGAACACUGUGCUUGAUAAUAACAUCCCACCAUGUUCCUUCUAGGGGGCUCAAAAUUAAUAAUCAACUUGUAUCAAUGCAUCAAUCCUACAGGCAGCAAUUCGAUUAACGUUGUGGGGGGUUGUUACUUUUGAUACUGUUGCACUCAAUUUGUGAGGCAUUUUAUUUUGAGCAUUAAUGAUAAUACUGACUAGUAAUAACAAUGUUUCUCAAAUAAUAUGCAUGCAAAUAUUAAAGCUUUUGUUAAUUUAUUUCAUUUUUUUACAUAACCUAACCUGUUAGGGAAAACAUAAACCACUGAAUCGAAUUGAAUCGAAUCGUGCAGCAUUCUCCAGUGUUGAAAAUAAUCGAAUCGUUGGCUUAAGAAAUCUACAUUGAAUGGCCAUGAAGGCUCUGAGUUACAUCCCUACUCCCUACAUAUGUCUGUACAGUCUAAUUGUUUUGACCUUUUAGGUCCUUAAGCACCUUGUGACCAGCCAAAGGUAUGUUCAGGCUGCCUGACGUGACCAUUCUUUCCUCAACAGUCCUGACUUUAAUCAGUGUGUUUUUGUUCAGGCAUGUUUUAAACUGCCUGUCUAGACGCCAAAGCCCCCGCUGUUGUUGUAUGUGUGGUGGUGGUUUGGUUUUAUGGGGAGGGUUUAGACUCAAGCUUUAGAGGUUGUGGGACUGUUGCCUCGUGCUCCUCUUCACCAAGGAUGGGAUGGGAUAUCACACACACACACACACACACACACAGGAUGGGUCACAGCUCAAGCUGGUAAUUGAGAUGCUCAUGCUCUUUAUUUGAGCGCUGACAUGAACAGAUGCACACACACACACACACACACACUUGGUCUUCUAUUAAAUGCUGAUAUGACCAGCGACUGGGGAAUACAAAGAUGCACCUUUGUUCCCAGUCUUCCACAAAUUUUGGUGCGUGUGUGCGUGUUCGCGCUUGGCAAACUUGUGGGCAAACUUGUCAAACUUAAAACUUUGCUAGUUGGUUUAGCUAGGCAGAUGCAGCACCAACUAACCCAGUGAUCUUCAUAGUGUCAUCAUUAUCUCCCUCAGCGUUGUUUGUUUGAUUGUUUUGGUGAAGAUUGUUUGAUGCUGUUGAAGGACAGCCCUGGAGUAGACACAAGUUCUAUUCUUUGACCAAAUAACAUGGGGGUUGGGGUGGGGUGUGUAGCUGCUUGAGCAUGUUCUUUUUUGCCUCGUCUAAGUUUAGAGGUCACGAGAUGUCGUUGCUAAUAGCUGCUAACUCAUGCUCCUCAUGCUAGCCACUAACGACCCACUCACUUUCCUCCAUUAUGGAAGAGUGGUCGCCCAUGACGACCAAGCGGAUAGACAGAUUACUUCUCAUGUAAAGUGUAUAAUUAUAGUUCUAUACAAAGUGUUUUUUUUUGUUUGUUCGUUUUUUUUGUCUCUGUAUGUGUGUGGGCUAACGUAGAUGCUAAUGUUUAUUUUAAGUUGCAGUUACAGAGUCAUAAUUAACAGGCUAAUAUAGUUUUGUUUUCAUGUAAAGACGCAGAUUACAUAUGUAGUUGUUUUGUUUGUUUUUUUCAUUAGAUUUUAGGGCCCUGUUAUCAAGUAGAUUUUUGUUCACGUUCAACGCUGCAGGCAACUAUUGGGCUUGCUCAAUGGUUAAUGAAAUUCAUGAGUACAUUCCAGACAUGGCAAAGUUUAACUAGAGAGAGCGAGAGCAAGAGAGCGGAGAAUAUGGCAGAGAAGGGGGUGAUUUGAAAGAGAGAAAGAAGCCGAAUAAAGUCUGAAAGACAUACAGUACAAAGGAAAGGGAGAAAAACAAACUGAAAUGUUUGUGUCUAUCUAGUGAUGGUGAGAGACAGAAGGAAACAGCAGUGGUUGAUUAUGGUUACGCCUAUCCAAGGUCUUUGAGAAAGACUGCUAAAGGUUAUGAAGACUGAUGUAGUUUGGCCUUUUCUUGUGGAAUCCUUCAGAAGGGCCCUGACACAUCUGAGUGAGUGUUCCUGGAAGAAAACAGCUUUAAUAAGUUUCAAAACUGAAAAAAAAAAUUGUGUCUUUGUAACAACUUUGUAACGUGACAAACCAUUCACUAAUUGCAAUUACAUUUGGGGGUUUUGUUUUUUAUUCAUUUAAUUUUUAUUUGCAUUAUAGCUUGAUCGAAGGUCUAAAAAUGCCCCUCUCCUGUGACUUAUGGACAGUGAAGUGUUGUAGAUGGGAAAGUAUGCCACCUGCUGUUUAUGUGUGAUACUACAUGUAUCUAGACUAUUCACUACUCUGCCCCAAUAACCGACCAAAGGAGAGAAAAUGUUUACCUUGUCUGGAUCAAAGAGAAGAUUGUGACCAAAAUGCUUUCCAUUGGCCUUUUUUUUCUUAGUGCAGCGAUCUAUGUUUUUGGGGGACUCUGAACCCAUGGCUUUAUUCAGUAACUUGUUGCCACAAUUUCUCUCUCUCUCUCUCUCUCUCUCUCUCUCUCUCUCUCUCUCUCUCUCUCUCUCUCUCUCUCUCUCUCUCUCUCUCUCUCUCUCUCUCAUACACACACACAAUCACUUCACAUGUUGCUCGUUUGUAUGUCUGCUGCUAAAAUAAAUAAAACUCCACACACAGCC